AUGUCUGGUAGUACAGAUAAGUGUAUAACAUUUUGGAUUAAAGAGAAUUAAUAAUGGAAGUGCAAUUAGACAUUAUCAGAUAAUAAAAGUAAGAUCAAAUAGUUAUCAUUGAAUUUUUCAUACAAUUCAUAAUUAUCAUGUGGAACUGAUAAAUUAAUAUUGCUCAUUUAAAAAAUAAUAAUAAUAAUAUUAAUGGAAUACAAUCUAAAAAAUAUCAGUUGA